AUGUCUUUUAACAAGCAUCUUCAUACCAUUGACGAGAACGAGGAAAAUGGAGGCACAUCCGAUCCCUCACAUAAAUCUGGUGACAGUCACACGACAAGACAGUCGGGUCGUACUCAAAGGCUAAGUCAGGAACAAAAGAAUCAAGACAAAAUCUUAAUUAUUGAUGAAGAUAUCAGAAGUAUAGUUCAUCAUGCUAGGGAACUCGGUGUACCGACAGAAACUCGGAAGAGUGUGGUUGACGAGUACAAAAGAAUCAUGAACGACGGAAGUAUGGAUUCCACCACAAAGGUACAACAACUGACAAGUCUGAGUAAAACAGCAUAUGCCGAGUGUGGGAAGUGGCUUACUGAGUUGAGACCUUGUCUUGCUCCUGAUGAACAAAGCAAAUUGGAUGACUACUAUUACGAUUUUUAUUAUGACUACACAGACAAGAACAAGACCGGAUCGGAAUGGUAUAAUGACUACUUCAUGAUGAAGAAGAUUAUUAAGCAACGACUCGAGAGACUUAAGCAGAGGCAGGGAUCGUCGAGUUAA